CUUACCCCCGAAGAAACCCGGGUAAAGAAGCUUUCUAGCUUAAUCUACCUAGCCUUUUCUACCGCAUCAGAGGUAAAUAGAGCUAUUAAAAAUAGACUCUUUAUUACCGGGCUCUCUCUCCGAGUCGAGCCUCUUCGAGCCUAUCCCUAG